UGAGGGACCGGGCGAAGGUGGAGCAACAGGCGGGCUCCCUCCAACUAUGAACGUCUUCUCUCAUCAAGUGAAGCGUCUGAUCGGUACGAGAAAUAGACGGGGAGCCCCCUCUUUCUCUCUUUAUUUUUAUUUUCCUGUGAACCGGAACACUCGGCGUCACUUCACUGAAUGGAUAACUGAUCGGUUAGACUGAGUGGGACGUUGUAGCUAGCGCGUCUGCCCCGACACUGGCCGUUUGGAGCGGCGGAGAGUUGGAUUUAGAUGUUGGCCGCUUAUUAAUUUCGGAAAAUGCCAUAUUAGUUUCUGGCGUCCGAAACGUGGACGUCCAAAACUGAUGAAAUGUUGACGCCAGCAGAUUGUCACCACUGUUGAUGUUCCCCCCUUCUGAGAAAAAAGAGGACGUAUUGAGACAUAGCUGAUUAGAGGAGGUCAGGUGCUUCCUGGCCUAAUUCUACUGCGGAGAGACAUGGACGUGCUUCGGAUGUCUUCUGAGUUCGCUGCAGAGGUUCUGGAUGUGUUUGACCGCUCCAUGACAGAUAAAGAGCUAGUGUCCCAGUCAAAGGCACUGUGCAGAGACUACAUCCACUCCAGGCUCAACCAGAACGGGCUGGGAUGGUCCAAAGCAGAGCUCAACCUCCCUGCCUCGAACACAGCGCUCUCUGAGGUGUCUAUGGUAUUACUCUGUCUUGGUGACGAGCUGGAGUGUAUGAGGCCGAGUUUGUACAGGAACGUUGCACGACAGCUCAGCAUUUCUGUUGCCAUGGAGAACAUGGUAGCGGAUGCCUUCAUUGCCGUGGCAACAGAGAUCUUCUCAACAGGUAUAACAUGGGGAAAGGUGGUGUCCAUGUAUGCCGUAGCAGGGGCCCUUGCUGUGGAUUGUGUUCGACAAGGCCAGCCAGCCACAGUGCACACCUUAAUAGACAGCCUGGGCCAGUUUGUCCGCAAAUUUUUGGUUUCCUGGCUGAAGAGACGAGGAGGAUGGGAAGAAAUGACAAAAUGUGUCGUGAAGAGAGAUUUUACCCCAGAGCACCAUUGGAUUUCGUCAACCAUAGAGUCUUUGAAGUACUUUCUCUCUACAGUGUAUGUUUAUGUAAUGAAGGAACCCUGAAUAACAAGACCAGUCACUUAUAAUGAUGACAACAUCCAAGACAAAAUUUGGUGAAAGGAGAUUGAGAGCUUGACAUAUGGGACUGAUCCUGCUUGGAAACACCUGUCUGCUGCUGAAUGGCCACAGACAAAUGUUUCAUCAGCAUCAAAUUUCCGUUAUAUUUGUGUCAAAUAAGACCUUAAGAGUGAUUAUCCUUUGUCCAGAGGGUAAUUGCAAUAUUUUAACAGCUCUUACUUUCAUAUUUUUGCAUUGGUCCAAGUUUUUGACACUUCACCUCUCCCACCCAUCAACGUGGUAAACAGAUUUUAUCCAGUGCACUCAUUUUGAUGCGCUGUGCUAUUGAGCUUUCACUAGGGCAUAUGUAUAUUGUGGGACCUGUUCACGCUUUUUUUUUUAAACAAAGCAAUCACAGCUCAAUUCUUAAAGUAGAUGUUAAGUUACAUGCUCAAGUCAACUAAUGAAAGCUGAUAGUCUGGGUCAAUACAGACUGCUGUUCAGUUGCCCAAUAUCAUCUUGUCUAACAUCAGGAGUGUAAAGAUGAAAAGUGAGUUCUCAGCUUGUUUGUGUUAGCAACACUGACAGGCACUUUGGGGUUCAGAACGAGUUUUUGGCCAGGCUUGAACUGCGAUCCCUGCUUGUUAGUUACAUGGGACCCCAGAAGUCGCAUACACUGUCUUCAUCAAUUUAAAAAAGGGUCUAUCUCCGAUUGCAAGAUACAAGAAUUUGAACUAAGGAGGGACUUUACUAUUAAGCACUAUAUCACACGUAUCAAUUCUAUUGCACUUUAUGGAUUUGUUCGAACUAUGCUAUUGUUAUGAAACCUUCUGUUUCAAUAUGACCCAAUCAAUAUAUUGUGUCCUACUGAGUACUGCCUGAUUAAUUUCUGGAGAUGUGGUCGAAAACUAAAUACUGAAGUGAAUUUCAUUAUACACUGGAUUUUGCCCAGUGUUGGAGGACAACCAGGCUUGCCUUCUGUGAUUUUACGUGGCUUAAGACAUUAAGCGUGUGUGAAUGAUGCACAUUUCAUGAUGUCGCAUAUUUUUUAUAUUAACCUUUUACAUUUGUAAAUAUUUUAUUUAUGGGUUAAACGAUCGGAGCCAUCGUAGUAUAGAGCCACUACAAUGACUCUGACAACAUUGAUUGAAUGUAUAUGCCUGUUUGUUGUCACUUUUCUUUUUAAAUUAUGAACGUGUGAACAGUUUUUUUAAAAGACAACUCAAAUAAACUUUUAACAUCCGCA